AUGACCUUGGAAUGCACCACACUUUUCCACACUAGACGUAACCACACCACACUGAACCACACUGUACCACACCACAUGCACCACACCACCACACCACACUGCACCACACCAAAACACACUACGCCACACCACACAACACAGCACCACAAUGCACCAUACAAUACUGCACCAUACCACACCACACAACACACCACUACCACACUCCACCACACCAUACCACACUGCACCACACUGCACUCUACAUCACACCACACUGCACCAUACUGCAUCUCACCACAUCUCACCACACCACACUACACCACAUCACACCAAACCACACUCCACCACACCACGCCACACCACACUGCACCACACCACACUGUAUCAAACUGCACCACACCAUACCACAUCACACUACACCACACCACACCACAGUACACCAUACUGCACCAUACCACACCACACCACAUUAAACCACACUGGACCACACCAAACUACACCACACAACACUGCACCACACCACACUGCACCACACCACAUGCACCACACCACAACAUAAUACACCACACCACACUCCACCACACCACACCACACAACACCACACCACUCUGCAGCAUAUUGCACCAUGCAACACCACACCACAUUACACCACACUACUCUACACCACACUGCACCACACCACACUGCCCCACACCACACUAUGCUCCACCACACCACACCACACCACACCACACAACGCUGCAUCGCACCACACAACACUGCAUCACACCAUCCUGUAAUGCACCACACCACACAGCACUGUACAACACUAUAUCACACAACACUGUAUCACACCACACCACACCACACCACACCAAACUGCACCACACCACACUGCACCACAGCACACUACACCGCACCACACCACACUGCACCACACCACACGACGAUGCACCACACUGCACCACACCACACCACACUGCUCCACACCACACUAUAUCAAAACACACUGUACCACACCACACCACACCAUACUGCACCACACCACACCACACCACACCGCACCACAGUGCACUACAGCACACCACAAUACCACAUGUUCGCUCUGAGUCUUCCUUCCUGGUCAUUGGCUAA